AUGAUGACCUCGACCAGACCCCGUGAUGUUGGCGGCGGCAGCAGCUUUGGAAGCCGUCGUGGCCACGGGAGCCAACUGUCCAUCUCCGAUCCGAGCCACCACGUCACUGAAGCCAUAGGCACUAUGUACAAGGAAGAAGACGACGAGUCGGGUGUCGAGGAUAACAACACCAAUACCAACUCCCGUCCCCUGAGCUUUAUCGCCGCGGCCUACGGCGGCGAGCAGCUGGAUACAGCCGUCCCCCAACACGACGAGCCCAGCAACGAGGACCGCCUACGCCUAGUGCGCACCACUUCGGACCAGACCUCCGCUGCCAGCUCUCCAGCCGACGCUUCGCUCCCGACAAACGGAACCGAUCCGGCCGUCAGUCUCAGGAAGGCACAGACACUGCCUGCCAAUCUCGCCGGCGAACAAAGCAGGCUGAAACCGUCCUUGCAUCCUCUGAACACCGGUCCAGCCACGCCGACCUCGCCGACCUUUGCCAACACCAACUUCGAGAACCCUAAUGACAUCGCUCAGGAGUUGAGCAAUCUGCAGGCCCUCCGUCGGUUGUCCAUGGACGUCAGCAACACCACCGACCCCGAUUUGCUCCAGUUUUCGAAUGUUUCCAUCCUCGAUAUGGCUGCAAGACCGCCGUCUGCCGAAGAUGACGAGGCAGACCCAUCCCGUUUGCUUUGGGUGCCCGCGCGGGUACACCCGGAGCUCGAGCCCACUGCGUUCAAGAAUUUCCUUGAGAAGAGGGUACAGCAGAUGCGUCGCCGGUCGGGCGAGUCGCUGCUCUCAGUAGACGGCUUGGAACGCAAUAACUCGGGCCUGCGCAGGAAGAAGUCGAUGCUUCGUCGCGAGAUUAAUCCUAAUACUGAAAAUGGCGACACGUAUGUGGAUGGCGCAGAGAAGCUGGCGCGGAAGCGGUCACUAGCCGAGCAGCGCAUGCCGGAGCUCAGCCUGUCGGAUUUGAUGAGUGAUCCGGAGAAGGUAGUGCAGAAGCUCGCGCAGAAUGCGUCCAAACAGUGUACAGACGAUGACAGUCCGAUUCUUCCGGUCGCCCCUGGCACGGGGCUGCGCCGAUCGACCAAGACGACAUAUCGAAAGGGAGGUAGUCAGAGAUACGGUGAUCGUGCACCGUUUGCGAAACGGCUUGCUGCCAGGCAACAACAGUCGCAAGGCCAAAGCAAGGAGGAACCGCCGCCGCCAGUGCCACCUCUGGACCCGUCCAUCGGGAAGCCGUUGACCCGCGUGAACUCGGAGCCGGUGUCGCUGGCAGAGAACUACUCGCAGCCAACGCGAGAUCUCAGGAGACAGCAGAACUUCUCUCGAGACUCGCCUGCGGGCACGACAUCACCCCCACCACCAGAGAAUCAGGAGCCAGAGCUAUCUGCAGCCCCAGCGAAGCCCUCAUCUCCACCCUCUACUCACUCUUUGCCCGUUAGAUCAUCCUCUCCAUCACCAGCCAACCGGACGCCCGUCCCUCCUGCUGCAACUGCUGCAGCUCCUGUCCCAUCCAUCGUCGAGACGCCGCCGGCCGAAGAGCCAACUAGAUCAGCUGCUGAACCGCCGAAAUCGCCACCCCGGAGAGCUCAUCCGCCACCUCAGCAGCCCCUCUACCCCGACAAGCCCCCCGUUGAUGCUCCACCUCCCAGGUCGAGCAAACGGCCUCCUCCUAAGCCUAUUCAGCAGUCAUCGCCUAGCCCUCAGGGUAGUGAACUCAAGAGAACCCCUUCUAGCACCGCAGAAGCGCUCAGUGAGAUCAGGCAUCCCCAGCCACUACCAGGCAGUGCCAACUCGACUACCAGCAGUCUUACAUUUAUCCCGACGUUCGACACAAUCCCUGACCGCAAGCCCGAGAAGAAAAAGGACAAGGAUGAGACGGAUAGUAUCCUCUCAGUCAAGUCUACCUCGAGCUGGAAGUGGUUCAAGAGCGACGACAAGGAAAAGAAGAAAAAGGAGAAGGAGAAGGAGAAGGAGAAGGAGAAGGAGAAAGAGCGUGAAGAGCAGGCUCGCAGGGCCAAGGCCAAUGCUGCUCGGCAGGAUGCCGUACCCCCUCUCGAAGUCCCCAAGGGUCGCGAGAGCCUGCGCCUCGACCGCGACAGCAUCGAGAUCCCAGACGAGCCAAGCGGGAAGAAGGGUUCUAACCGCAAGACAAGCGAAAGUAAAAAGGACGGUUUCUUCGGCGGCUUGUUUGGCGGUUCCAAAAAGAAGUCUGACAAAGACCAUUCCCACCACGGCCACAAAAAGAAAGACCGCGACCGCGAUCGCGAUCGGUCCUCCGCGCCCGAAGCUCACUCCGCACCCCGCGUCCUGCGCCCGGAUAUUGAUUAUCCUUGGACACGCUUCCCGCUAAUCGAGGAACGCGCCAUCUACCGCAUGGCACACAUCAAGCUGGCGAACCCGCGCCGCCCGCUGCUGAGCCAGGUGCUGCUGAGCAAUUUCAUGUAUUCUUACCUCGCGAAGGUGCAGGCCAUGCACCCGCAGCUGCAGAUCCCGACUAGCCCGCAGCAGAAGAAGUUGUUGGAAGAGUCGCGAAAGAAGCAGGAGGCUGCGUUGGCUGCACAGAGGGAGAGAGAGCAGCAGUUGGCUAUGCAGAUGCAGAUGGAGCAGCAACAGCAGCAGCAGAUGGGGAUGGACAGUGGGUAUGGGGGGUUUGAAUACCAUCGGUCUGCCCCUGGAUACGGCGACGCCCCCAUCCCGCAACAGCAGCCCAGUGCUGAUAAUGACGUGUAUGGAGACGACCCGCAGCAGAUGUAUGCUGCGUACGAUGACCCUAUUGACGGUUCCGCUGGCGUCGCGGACUUAAGUCUGGCGCUGCAGGCUGGGCCGAACUAUUAUUACACGCAGGAUCCUGGAGUUGGGGUAGGCAUUGGAGUUGGGUAUGCGGAUGAUGAUGGGGAUGAUGGGGGAGGGAUGGUCCAGGGACAGCACAGACAGGGACAGCAUACCGCUGGACGAAGUGACAUGUGGUAG